GAAAAAACACCAAAAAGAUGAAGCUACUCAUUCAUCAUUGAUCAUGCUACCCCUUUGUUGUUAGUCAAAACCAUCGAGUUGCUCUGCCGUCCUCUCUCUCUCUCUCAGUUCAUAAUUGGAACACUCACAACAAUAAUCAAGCUUCUUCUCUCUCUCUCUCUCUCUCUCUCUCUCUCUCCUACAUUCAUGUUCUGCUGAAUCAUCACCCCACCACCAUGGAACUUGUUCCAUACUCCGACCCAUCCUCUGCCACCCCAGCAUGGCAGGAUAUGUUCCGAUCCGCCUCCUCCCGCCACCCUACCUCCGCCCCUCCAUCCCACGCGCCGCCCUCCCCCUCCCCCCCCGCGCCGCCGAAUCCGCCAUUCGACGCCGACCCAGAUGGAAAAAACACAUUUUCCGGCGAUCCCCAGGUGCGCCUGGCCCUCUAUAUCGCCAUGGCCCAUGCGGGUCUCGCCUUCGCCAUUUUCAUUCUCUACACUUUCUCGAAGCUUCUAGAACAGUAUUUGAGACCCCUUCAAUGGGCAGUGUUGUGUUCUAUUCCCCUAAGGGGUAUUCAGCAAACCCUCGUUGCGUUUUGGUCCGAACCCCUUCAUCUGGGUCUCACAGAAACCGUUCUCGCUGUUCCCGUUGCUGUUUUCAGGGCUUUUGCUGGCACACUCGUUGAGAUUCGCGAAGCUUCUUUUAGAGUCAUUUUGAGGAAACCGAAGCCUCAGCAGAAUCGCCCUUUGAGGAAGCGAAGUGGGUUUUACAAGUUGCUUCGUUUGCUUGUGAGUUUUGGGAUUUUCAUCAUUACUUAUGAGAGGCUUGGUGGGUUUGGGGCAUUGUCACUUUUGGGGUUGGGUUUUUUGUUUAGUUCGAAGAAUGUGGAUUCCACUAUGCACGCUUUGUCCUCUUUUAGGAGCCUUAGUUUCAGGCGUAGUGCUAUUAGUGCCUUUUUCACUAGAGGGAUAUUGAGGAAGUUGAAGAUUAUUGUGGCAAUUGGGCUAAUUGUUUGCAUGAUUGUGGGGUUUUUGAGUGGGGUGAUUUUCUUCUCUUAUAAGAUUGGUGUUGAAGGGAAAGAUGCAGUGAUUUCAUUGAAGUUGCAUGUGGAGGAGAACAAUUAUGCUGAGAGGAUUGGUGUGAAGAAGUGGAUGGAUGAUAAUGAUGUUGCUGGGGUGGUGGAUAGUUACACUACAAAGAUAUAUGAGACUGUGUCUGAUCAGAUUGAUGGGUUGGCUGUGCAGUAUAACAUGACUGAAUUUGUGACUGGCAUUAAGCAUUUUGUGAUAUCUACUCCGGUUAACUCUUCAGCGCCUUCGAAGGCGUUGAUGACUCCCUCACCGUAUGCUGAGAAAUUCUUGAGCUUGAAAACCCGGGUUAGGAACCGCGAGUGGAGCCAGAUUUAUACGGAGGCUGACUCGAUUUUGCGCGAGCUUGUGAUCACUCGCGAGGAUUUGGUUGAGAAGGCAAAAGGGUUUGCCUUCAAAGGAAUGGAUGUGUCUCAGCGGAUUUUCGCCAGUAGUAGAACUGUGCUUGGAAGCAGUACUAAGUUUAUGUUCUCCAUCGCGAAUUCCAUAAUCUCUGGAGCUGCAGAGGUUUUCAAUUUUGUGUCCCAGUCGAUGGUAUUUAUUUGGGUUUUGUAUUACCUCAUCACAUCAGAGAGUGGUGGAGUGACAGAACAAGUGAUGUACAUGCUUCCAAUUUCAAACUCCACUAGGAUCAGAUGUGUUGAGGUUUUGGAUAAAGCUAUUUCAGGAGUCCUUUUGGCCACUGCUGAGAUUGCAUUUUUUCAAGGGUGUCUUACUUGGCUUUUGUUUAGGUUGAACAAAAUACAUUUCUUGUACAUGUCAACCGUGCUUGCAUUCAUAAGUCCUCUCCUGCCAAUAUUUCCAUCUUGGCUUGCAACAAUCCCAGCAGCGGUGCAACUAGUGUUGGAAGGCAGAUACAUAAUGGCCAUUGUGUUGUCUAUUGUUCACCUUUUUCUCAUGGACUACGGUGCAUCAGAGAUUCUAGAAGACGUGCCGGGGAAUAGUGCAUAUCUCACUGGGUUGAGCAUCAUUGGGGGAAUGACAUUGUUCCCAUCUGCUCUGGAGGGAGCAAUUAUGGGGCCAUUAAUUACCACAGUUAUGAUUGCACUGAAGGAUUUGUAUGCUGAAUUUGUUUUGCAAGAACCUAAGGACAAGUCCAAGCAGAAAGCCAGCUAGCUAAGCUUCUACUACCUGUGUCUAUAAAAACUACUUAUUUGCAGUUGAAGUUUGGUGUAACUGCAUGCUCUUUGCCAUUGUUGAUGGAGUUUGCCUUUAGAUUUUUGAGUUGCCCAUAUAGUUAUACAAUUUCAUUUUAGGGUCUUGUUGACUAGUGUUCCUAGACUAUUGGUUAAGGAACUAAAAGGAGAAGUUUUUAAUAUGUAAAUCAUAGGAAAGUAUAAAAAAAAAUCAUGAAGAACGCAAUUUUAUGCCUUCCAAUAAAAAACCUUAGUUCCUUAACCCGUGUCCUCGGGACACUUGUUAGCAUUUGCCUUCAUUUUAUAUGUAUCAUUAGAUUAUUAUAAUUGAAAAAAAUAGGGCCUACUUUUUGACGUCAUUUUAUUCAUUUUAUUAGGGGUCAUCAAAUACUUUCACUUGGUGGCAGUGUUUGUCAAAAUUGUACACAAUUUGUAUUUUGUUCCUCCAACAAAUUUUCUUAUUCUUUGUACCAAAAGAGAAGAGACUCAUGCAAGCUUUUCAGAGAUAUGAUGCGACCUUCAUUAUUGGUGGA